UCCCCAACGGGGCGGGGCGGGGCGCUGUUUGUGAGUCAAUCCCAGGGCCCACUUCCUGCUCAGGGUCGGCAGCCACACUGGACACAGGCGGGGGAGACUGAGGGACAAGGGGUCACCCUCCCAGACCCAGGCAGGACCAGGGCAGGAGGAUGGCAGACGGCGCUGGCGACCCGAGCACCAGCCUGAUUCCUAUGGCUAGGACUUCCAGUACUGUUUUGAGGAGGAUGUCCACAGAAGAGCAGAGUGUAGACGACAGUACCAUCUAUGAGGUUAUAUUCCAUCACUUCAAAAGACACAAAGUGGAGAUUUCAAAUGCCAUAAAAAAGACAUUUCCUUUCCUCGAGGGCCUCCGUGACCGUGAACUCAUUACCAAUAAAAUGUAUGAAGAUUCUCAAGAGUCUUGUAGAAACCUGGUCCCUGUACAAAGAGUGGUGUACAAUGUUCUCUGUGAACUGGAGAAGAAGUUCAACCUGGAUUUAUGCGAGGCAUUGUUCAGUGAGGUCAACCUGCAGGAAUACCCUGAUUUAAUUCGUGUUCGCAGAAGCUUCGAACAUGAGGUGAGAAUGCUAUAUCCCCAAGAAGAUAAUGGAGAAGAGAGGCAGGAAAGGCUUGAACAAGGAACGGGAGAGAACUCUUUUCUGCGAAGACUGACCUGGCCACAGCACUUAGAUCCCUCGUCUUACAAUGGUACAGACCUACCCGAAAACGAACUCUCGGCGCACCCUUGCGAAGCAGAAGAGAGAAAUGUGAAUAAAAGAGAGCCGGCCCCAGACCCAAAUGGUGCAGUAGGAAGCCACCAAGGAAAUGAGCAAAGCCCUCGAGAGUCAGAGCCAGUAGAGUCCCGUCAACACACGGCUGCCCACGUGGACGGUGGAGAGGCGAGCGUGGGGACGCCCAGCCCGUUGCCCCACUGUGUAGAAAGAGCAGAGCUCUCCAGCCAUGGAAUCCACAUGACUUCCUGUUCUGUGCGUCUGGUGGAUAUAAAGAAGGAAAAGCCAUUUUUUCCCACGCAAGUGAAGCCAGGAUCCCAAACCAGGACCAACCAUUACCAGCCAUCCGAAGUAAUAGUCAUCAGCAGUGAGGACUCGGACGACCCCAGCGACACAGAGGAGCCUGUAGCAAUCUCCAACUCAGGACGGGGGGGGCAUGCUGUGAUCAAAAACCAUGUCCACUUUGACUUGAGAGAUGAAGAAGAGGCCCAAGAAGCCACUUGCUCAUGGCACCAGGCUGCUCCAGCGAGAGGACAUGACUAUGGCUCUUCAGAAUCCAGUGAGGAGGAGAUACCCUCAGCGCUCCGGAUCUCAACACCAACAGAUUUUGUGAGGAUGUCUACUUGGAGGAUACACAGUCAGAAAAGAAGGCACAGCAGUGAAAGCUCUUCAGAGCUGAGUUAUGGAGAGGAGCCUCAGGAAGCCCUGAGAAGUGCAUCAGGAGCAGGGCAACAAGAGACUGGAAAUGAGAAGUGCUCCUGUGUCCUGUGUUCCCCAAAAGGUGUGCCAGGAGGCCAGGAAGCAACGGUGGAAAAUGACCAAGCGUCUCACCCAACAGGCAAGUCUGCUCAAGGGCAUCAGGGUGGAGGUGGCUCAGAAACACCACAGCUGCUGGGCAGGACUGAGUCAGGAGAGGAAGCUGCAAAAGAUACCACGGAUGUUGGAAACAAUUCUGCUUUGGGAAAAGACAGUGGGGAAAGAAAUAUUUCCAAGCUGCACAACAUAGAUAAAGAAAUGAACAAAAUCUCAUCAACCUUACAUCCUACUGUGGGGGGAAAAAGACUUCAUAAAGUAAACCAUCUCCAAAAAGAAAUAAAGAAAGGCAGACAUAGAUUCCACUCAAUUCAGAAUAAUGUCCUUCCAAGAAAAAGAGGUUGGCCAAAAGGGAGAAAAAGAGUCAACGUUAAACCCUUGAAAAGAGGGAGAAAAAGAGGUCCAACAAUUCCCAGAGAAAAAAAUGUGAAUUUCAACCUUCCUAAACUUCCUGUGACCUGUGGUGAGGCUAAGGGGACUCUCGAUAAGAAGCAAUUUAAGCAAGGGGCCCAGAUGAGGAGCAUAAGGACUGAGGAUGGAAAAUGGCUCACCCCCAGGGACUUUGAGAUCAGAGGAAACCACGCAGCAGCCAAGAACUGGAAGCUAAGCCUGCGCUGCCACGGGUGGACCCUGAAAGAACUGAUAGAGGCAGGGCAUCUACCAAAGCCACCAAUAACAAGAAAAAAGAGGAAAACACGGGAGUCUCUCAACAAUGUCUUAGUUGACCCCUAUCAAAAAAACUCAAAUAAGUGUGAAGUAUGCCGCCAAGAGAAACAGCUGGUCUUCUGCAGUACUUGUUCAAGAUCCUACCAUCAGAACUGCCACAUCCCACCCGUAGAUGCUCAGAGGAGCCAGUGGAGUUGCACCUUAUGCAGGACAAAGGCCUGGGAAAAGCACCCAGAAAGCCAACCAUGUCAUCUGGAAUCUGAGGUCUUGAAGAGGCCUAUGCUGCCUGAGGAACAGCUGAAAUGUGAGCUGAUCCUAUUGAAGGUCUAUUGUUAUUCACAAAGUGCCUUUUUUGCCCAAGAACCAUAUUAUACUCAAGACCCCCAGGAGCACAUGUGGUUAAACAAGGUCAAGGAAAGGCUGAAUAAGAAGAAGUACCACCGAGUGCAGGGGUUUGUGCGGGACAUGCGCCUCAUCUUUCUGAACAACAAGGCCUUCUACAGAAACCACAAAUUCAUCCAGCUGCCGCUUAAGAUAGAAGCCAUAUUCGAGAAGUACUUCAAAAACAUUUUUUCAAUCCAAGAAACAAGCGAGAGCGUCUGUCAGUUUAAGCACAUUAUUAUGUAACAUAGUCCAUGUCUGUGUUCCCCCUGGGGACCCUCUGGUUGUGUCACUAGUGACAUGGUGCUCUGAUGGUCCUCUAUUCACUCUGCCUGUUCCUGUACAAAUAACCUCA